AUGACGACCCUGAAGAUUGAGAACCUGACCUCUGAGGACAGUGGACAGUACCGGGCUCGAGCCACCUUAACUGGAGGACUAGAAUUUAUCCAGAUAUUCCCCCUCACUGUCUACGAGCCUGUGCCUCUUCCUAAGAUCCUGGUUGGGUCACCAUCUAUCACACCAGGCUGGUGCAAUGCCACCCUGGAGUGCCAUGUUACAGGGACCAGAGAGGACCUGAAUGUCACCUGGGUGAGCAAGGGCCUCCCCAGGGAGCUGGAGUGGAGAGGGACACCAGGACCAGCCCCCAACUCCUGGACUCUGACUGUGAACCUGUCCCUGAGCCAGCUCAAUGCCAGCCUCACCUGUGUGCUCAGCAACCAGGGGGACCAGAAAACUGCCACCUUAGACCUUGGGGAAGCCUGUACCCAUGAUUCAUAUGGACAGGCUGACCUCCUGCGAAGCAUCCUAUGGUCUGUCGUGGCUGGGCUGGUGAUCCUCGGAGGUGGACUGUACCUUUGGAAGACAUGUGGGAAGAAGAAGAUGGAAAUGGGAAGAGGUGCAAGAUCACAGGAGGACCAAAAGGAUGAUGUUGAUAGCAUCCAGUAUGCAGACUUGAGCCAGCAGGAAUCUCAAGAGGGCACAUAUACGAGUAUCAAUGAGCAGCAUCUGGAAGAAAAGGGGCCUCUCACCACUAUCUACAGUGAGGUCUGUAAGCCAGUCAUGCCAUGAGGAUAAUUUAAUUGGAGGAACAGAAGAAUCGGCACUCCGAGGACACCUCCACUAGGAGCUUGAUCCCUGCAGACACCUGCUUCUUCCAGCUCUGGUCCAGUCCCAGCUGCCUUUGGUCUGCUUUACUCUGAUCCUCAUGGCCGCAGUUCCCUGGGCACACGUGGUCCUGUCACUUUCUCUGGCACCUCUCCAAGCUGCCCUCCCUCUCAGGACCCUCCCAGUUGCACGAUGAGCACCCGUCCUCUGCCGUUGACUCACCUCCUGACCCCUCCCUUCCUGACGCUUCCUAAAGGGGACCUUCCUGACUGUAUUAAUCCCCACAGCCUCUGCUGUGUGCCUGCUGUGUGUUUUUCCGAGAACACGAGCCCAGGCAUGGGGACUGUGUGGAGGUGUUCCAUGCCACAGAGUAGAAAAUGAAGACCUUGGUGCUGAGUUGGGGGUCCAUGGAGGCAGCAUGGGGAGGUGGGAGCCCACAAAGGACUGGCACAAGGCUUCUUUUUCACUUUAUGUAGGGCAAAGAGUGUGUGUCAGGCCAUGUGCUUCUAUUGGGAAGAAUGUCUAGUGUAUGUUAUACACCUUCUUCCGGGCUACCUGUGUUAACCUGGACUUUGGCCUCAGCCUUGGCCCAUGGGCCCCAAACCCACCUUCCUGUAAAGUGAGAAGAGGAAUUUGUACUAUUUCAGGCCCUUACAGGCCUUCUGUUUCUCAGAGAAUAACCCCAGAACCUCAAAAUCAGGAGCUGCCUUCUUAGAAAAACAGCUUCAACCCUUCCCUCUCUGGGUUAGGGGUAUUUGGUCAUGAUAAUGGACGUGCAGUAUCCUCCCACCCCC